AUGUAUAAACUAAGAAGAGCUCUAAGUGGAAAUGAACAGGAUGAAGAAAGUAGAAUUGUUGGUCAGGUUAUGGACCAAACUACAUUAAGUUGUUCUACUCGAAUGAAAGGUUUUGCUAUUUGUUUUAUUAUUGGCAUUCUUUUCUCCUUCCUUGGAUCCUUUGCUUUAUUUUUACAUAGAGGACUUACAGUAUUUGCUGUAUUCUAUACUCUAGGGAAUAUCAUCUCAUUAGCAAGCACAUGUUUUUUAAUGGGUCCAUUCAAUCAACUUAAGAAGAUGUUUGCAGCAACAAGAAUAAUUGCAACUGUGUUAGUAUUUGUUGCUAUUGCAAUGACAUUAUUUGCGGCUUUACAUCUGAAGAACCCUGGAUUGGCUCUUUUGUUUAUAAUUAUGCAGUCAUUGGCAAUGACAUGGUAUUCUUUGUCUUACAUUCCCUAUGCACGUAGUGUUGCAAAAAUAACUGUGGAAUCAUGUAUUACAUGAAAAAGGCUGCAAAAGAUGCAGUACAAUAUUGCACUUAAUAAACAUGUUGAAAUUUCUACAUUAUUAUUCCAUGUUGCACAAGAACUAUGAA